GGGGUAUUCACUAUUUGCUUGUGUUUCUCCGAUUGCAGUGAUCUAGUGGGUCCACCUCAUAUAUAUUCUCGGCCUAUGCCUGGUGGAGCUGCGGCUAGCUACGGUCGUGGUGAGCCCCUUCCUUAUGGCGGUCCUCAAGCACCGCCUAUGGACUCUGGUGCUAGAGGGGGUAGUGGAAUAGGUAGAUCUGGACCUGUUGGUGGCGGGUUCAAUGGGUAUUCACCUUUUGAAGGUGGUUUUUCAAGAGGGGCUGGUAUGGGCCGGGACAGUGGCUUUGGAGGUGACAGAGUGGCUAACGGUGGUAUGGGAGACCGGCCUGGGCGAUUUGGUGCGGGGUCAAACAACACUGGAAGUAGGAGUGGUGGGAGAGGAGGUAGGGAUUUUGAUGGAGGCUACAGUGGUGGACGUGGAGGUGGAAGGUUUAGUUCGGAUGGAGGCCGUGGUGGGAGAGGAGGAGGUAGGCAUGGGAGCUCGCGAGAUGAUCUAGACAACCUUACUCUUCCAAAGGCAGACUUCGGAAACUUGGUACCCUUCGAGAAGAAUUUUUAUGUUGAACAUCACUCUGUGAGGGCAAUGACUGAAGAGGAUGUUGCUCUUUAUCGUGCACGGCGUGAGAUUACUGUUGAAGGCCAUGAUGUCCCUAGGCCAAUUCAGAUGUUCCAUGAGGCAAACUUUCCUGAUUAUUGCCUCGAGGUUAUUUCAAGAUUAGGAUUUGUUGAGCCAACACCUAUCCAAUCACAAGGAUGGCCAAUGGCUUUAAAGGGCAGAGACUUAAUAGGGAUUGCUGAAACUGGUUCUGGGAAGACUUUGGCAUAUCUAUUGCCGGCUUUGGUCCAUGUCCGCGCACAACGGUUGGCUCAUGGUGAUGGCCCAAUCGUGCUAGUAUUAGCACCUACGAGAGAAUUGGCUGUUCAGAUUCAAAAAGAAGCUGUCAAAUUUGGAUCGCGUGCCAACAUUAGCAGUACUUGCAUUUAUGGUGGUGCCCCAAAAGGACCUCAAAUCCGUGAUCUUAAAAGAGGAGUUGAAAUUGUGAUUGCAACCCCUGGUCGGUUAAUAGAUAUGCUGGAAGCUCAACAUACAAACUUGAAAAGAGUGACUUAUCUCGUACUGGACGAGGCUGAUCGAAUGCUGGAUAUGGGGUUUGAGCCUCAAAUCAGGAAAAUAAUUUCCCAGAUUAGACCAGAUAGACAAACCUUGUAUUGGAGUGCGACUUGGCCCAAAGAGGUUGAAAGCCUGGCUAGGCAGUUUCUACGCAAUCCCUAUAAGGUCAUCAUUGGGUCUCCAGACUUGAAAGCAAAUCAAUCCAUAAGGCAAAUCGUUGAAGUUGUCACAGAUUUAGAGAAGUAUAGAAGGUUGAUUGGGCUUUUGAAAGAAAUGAUGGAUGGAAGCAGAAUCCUAAUAUUUGUAGAAACAAAGAAAGGAUGUGAUCAAGUGACAAGACAGUUGAGAAUGGAUGGAUGGCCAGCUUUAUCCAUCCAUGGCGAUAAAAGCCAGGAUGAGAGGGAUUGGGUCCUGGCUGAAUUCAAAAAUGGCAGAAGUCCCAUAAUGAUUGCCACUGAUGUUGCUGCACGUGGUCUUGAUGUUAAGGACAUAAAGUGUGUUGUCAACUAUGAUUUCCCUUCAAGUCUUGAGGAUUAUAUUCAUAGGAUUGGCAGAACUGGACGUGCAGGUGCCACGGGAACUGCAUUUACAUUUUUCACCCAUGCAAAUGCCAAGUAUACCCGACAGCUUAUUAAGAUCCUUCAGCAGGCAGGGCAAAUUGUUCCACCUCAACUUUCUGCAUUGGCAGGGUCUACUGCUCACAGCACUGGAGGGAGCAAUUUCCGGUCUAGAGGACGAGGUGGCUUUGGAAACCGGGACCAGAAGUCUGGAUCCAACGUAAUUCCUCUUGGUAGAAGGCCUUGGUAGUUACUGUGCCUACUCCAAUAGAGGAUGCUAUAUACAUAUAGGACUAUGUAUACUAGUUUCUAAAAUCCAUGGGUCUUGGGUUACUGUAUUCUGUUCAGUUUAGAACGAAAAAUGUUCUUGCUAGUUGAUUGAUUUAUUUAAUUAAUGGGGAGAAGCUAACAUGUUUCCUUUAUAGUCGUUGUCGAAUUGGUUCAUUAUGUUGACAUGUUUUAUGAAUGUGGUUAUGCAAAUGGAGUUAACAUA